AUGGCAUCCCCUAUGCUGGACAUACCAUACGACGAGUAUCUUCUCCCCGAGUUUUCAGAUACGCUCGAACAACCGCUUGGCCAUGUCGACUCGCUCAUCUCAAUGAUGACUGCACACGCCAUUCACGAGCCUACGAUGUACAGAAAGCCUCCUCGUUGCAUCAUCCUCCCCGAGGACUGCGAAGCCGUCGAGAUUCGACCCAUCUACCAGAACAAAUCCGAACACACCCAGCUUGGUGAAGCUAUCACAUUCCCGACGAUUCCCUAUCCAUUCGUCCAUACAUCUCCAUCUACUUAUCCUCAAUGCAACUCCAUGGCGACUCUCAGCGACAUGAUGUACACGACCACGCUCGAGAGCUCAGUGUCUCCCCCUUCGUCCACCUGGGCCUCGGACACGGCAACCUCCUUUGGCUCGGAUCUCGGGUCUCCCUUCGAGUUUGACCUUGACUUUGGAUCUCCGGCGUCGUCUCCCCGUCGAAUGGCCAAGACGCGUGCCAAUCAAACGUACGGUGUGCCAACGUACAGUCCACCAUCUUCUUUGCUGCCUUCCAGCUCUCCACCUCCUCGUACGCCAAAGAAGACAGGUACCAAGCGCCGCUCUUCGGUAGACGACGAGGACUAUAGCGAAGAAGAGAGCGAGUACGAGUCGGACGCUGUGUCCUCCGACUCUGAUGAAGAGUACACCAGCAGAGCCUCCUCUCGCGUCGUAUCUCCAGUCAAGUCGAGAAAGAGGCAAACAUCAACCUCGAGUACGCCCAAGCGAAAGCGCGCUGUUCGAGAGGAGCUAGAGCACGCACCACUUGGCAAGUACGAGUGCGGGUUGAUCGUCGAGUAUGUGAGCAAGAGUUCUCGAAUGACGAUCAAGGGACUCGAUGCGCCGCCUGUGGGGAGUAUCUGUCCGAUGCGCUGCGUCAACCGCACGGACCUCAAGCGUCAUCAAGAGGCUGGAUGGCAUUCUGCUUACAAGUGGUGCUGUCCUUUUUGCGGGAGUGUGAUCUGUAAUCGCAAGGAUGCGUGCAAACGCCAUGUUGAAACGAGCUGCAAGGGUGCUCCCAAGGGUGGAAAUGUGUGGUGUGACCUGUUGCAAACGCAGGGUUUGGUGUUCAAGCCUGCGACGAAGACGAGGAGUCGAAAGAGGGUCAAGAAGCUUGACGACGACGAGUAUUGA